AUGCCCGGAAUCCCCGCAGUACUACAGCGAUGUCGCACGUUCAUGUUUGAUUGCGAUGGUACAUUCGGACACUUCACUCAGCUUUCUUGUUAGGAACAUUGUGGAGUCAGACUGGUCUGACGCCGGGGGCAACUGACUUCAUUAUGUAUGUGAAAAAGUCUGGCAGGCGUUGCCUCUUACUUACAAACAACAGCACCAAAUCCAACGAACAAUAUUAUGAAAAGUGUCGUAAACUUGGACUGCCAGUUGACAGAGUAAUACAUUUUAAAUUUCAUGGCAGUCUGAUAUUGUGUGUGUUGCCCAAGUUGCAGCUCAUUCCCUUUCAAAAGCAGGCAUACAAGGUCCCAUGUAUGUAAUCGGUGAAGAAGGACUUUCCCUUGAAUUAUCUAAGGAGGGGAUUUCCUGCCUAGGCAUUGGCGUAAGUGCUUUUUUUCCUAAUGAUAUUUUCCAGAAAGAGACAAUGGACCCCAGCACUUUUGACCCUUCUGAAUUGAGCCCCCAAGUAGACGCAUGUCUAUUACCUUCACUUGCGUAGAUCCAAAACGUUUUAGUUGGAUAUGAUUCCCAAUUCAAUUAUGUUAAGUGCAUGAAGGCCGCCACCCUUAUUGGAAGGGGGUGCAAGUUUUACGCAACCAAUGAAGAUUCUCAGCUUCCAGCUCCCGAUCGUAUAUGCCCCGGUAUGUUAUGCCAUCUUUUAACUGUAAAAUCUGAACAGUUUGGGUUAAUCAUUACGCUAGUGGGUUAGGAGGAGAGUGAGCUUCUGCACUGAAUUAGCAAGUCAACAACAUUGAGAUGUUUCGUUAUGAAAUCCCUAUAGACGCAAACUUGUGACCAUAUUCCGUGUAUUCAGUUAUGGGUACGUAUUGAUGGCCGUGGAGCAUAUUGUCUUGCUUAAUGAUCAUCAGUCUUGAUAUUCCUGAAAAAUAUAAGCCAUACUUAGGAGGUUCGCGGUCAUUAGAUUGCUCUGAAUACACGUUUCUUUCUAAGUGAGCUAUGAUCCACUUAGAUUACACUUUCCCAGUCUGUCAUCUAGCUCUCCGCAAGCAACUUAUGAUCCCAUGUAUGGAAAUUAAUGGACCCGGAAAUAUGAAAUAGGUCCGUUUCUCGCCCCAACUGGAGAUUUCGCCGUUAAUAUUAUUUUGAUGAUUGUUUUCCUUAGACUGAUACUCUUACAUCCACGGUGUCAGCAAUAUUAUGGUUGUAAUUCCUAUUUGGAAUGCAAGCAUGCCUGUCAGUCCAGGGCCCGUAAUUUGUUGGGACCUCAAGAGCAGCGGUCGAGGAAGCAGAGAAAUGAACGGAAAUCAGCAAACUGCAGCACUGUAAGCAGUAAAUGCAUUAACAGAACAGUAGUAACCAGACCGCAGGCCGUACUUGGCAGUGUUAUAGGUGGGUACGACAGCUUCAAUCUAUCCCAACGCAAUUCUAAUUUUGUUCAACCAUAAUUAUGGCAUAAACAAGGCCUUUCGAAGUUAGCAAUUAUAAUGUUUUUGUAGGCAUGUAAAUUCCUAAAACGGAGAAUUUUAGUGUACUCCAAAUUUAAAGGUUUUCUCUGUCAACCUUCUAUGGAAACCAUUUAUCUUACUCUUGUUAACGUCUCUUCAAAGCUUAAGGACGAGUUCCGGGAUAGAAGUCGCAAAAGCAAAGCUAUGAUAAAUGAAAAAUCGUGAAAUAUUUUUGCUCCUAGGUGCUGGCUCCGUUGUGGCAGCUGUUCGUGUUGCUUCUGGCAAAGACCCGAUCGUUUUUGGGAAGCCUCACAAGGCGAUGUUUGACUACCUUGUGGAGACUGUAGGCAUAUCCUCCGCAGACGCUGCCAUGGUUGGAGACCGGUACGCAUUAAACUUUUUUUCCUCCUGCAGUUAACGCUGAAAAAUUUCAAGCACGAUAAUACGUUGAAAAUUUACGGAUUCAGAUUACAGAAUGUUAACGUAGCGCAAAAUUGCAACAGCCUGAAGGCAAAUAAAUCAUACACUCUCAAUGAUAAACGCAGAUGCACUUACCUAGAGUUAACUUUAUUUCUACUGGUUUCGUUUAUUCCAUAUUUAAAUGAACAGAUAGUUUAGGUCUUUUUCUCAUACGCCAGCUGAAGAAGUCCUCCUCAACACAUCUGCCAUCUGUUGAUCUGCCCGUUCUGUUCCGGGAUUAAAGAAAAUAAGUAAUUUGUUUCGCUAGAGUUCGAAGUGUUCGCUGGUUUUGCGUUGCUGCAGCUGCAAGGAAAGCUUUUCACAAAUUAGUUAACUGGACUUGGUCCAGUGAUGCGACAUCAAAUACCAAAGAUCCGACGAUGAGCUAAACUGAAUACAUGGAAACUAAACUGAGCUCCUCAUCUAGUUUCUCAACUGUAAACACUCCUGUUAUCUGGUUACGAGGUUGAUAAAUGUGAAAAACCAUCUCUAUUUAGUUCAUACACUGUGGUUUGCCAAAUUUCACUCCGCACUUGAUAGUGGAAAGCUAAUGCGGUUUUUGGACCAAAAACUCUUUUUGUUACGUAAUUGCAUAACAGAGUUUUAAGAAGCAUGUUUCAGGAGUCCAGGAAACACGAUAGUUCGACCAGUGUCAUUGAUGAAGUCUACCGCAGAGCUGACGACACGAUAGAAACUUACACGUGGACUGACAGGGGACUUGCACAGCGCCCAUCCCACGCUCAUCUGCCAAAUUUCAACGACGGGAUAAUACCAAGAAACCUGGAGAUGUGCAUGGACAUUUUGGCUGAAGAAUAAAACUUACGUCUACUUGGUAGACAGACAGUUUAGCUUUUACAGUCACACACAUACACCAGACGUAAGCAUCUUGGGGCUCACACUGGUGAGGUUUUAUAACUGCCACAUUUAGGAAGGAGGGCGCUGUAAUCUGGUCCUGUGUCCGGAAGAAUGCCGAGUUAGCCCGUUGGUUCACAAACUUCUGCUGCCGCGGGUUUAAUGGCGUGACACCAGGGCCAACCUCACAUUCUCACCCUCCUUUCACCACUUACCAGGGGCAUCACAAAAUCAGGCCAGCCGCAUAUAGGGUUAAGCACAGUGGUUGGGGAGGGGGGGCACAAGGCGUCCGUCUAAUGCAAUCAACAGAUACGUCUGGUCUUCGUUCAGGCCAAACGCGACGGCACAGCCUGUUUUUGCGAUCUAGCAUGAAGUUACCCGACUCGAUGUCAAACCCUGAGCACUGCCAAAUCUUACCUUACGUAGCUUCUCUGGAUCCAAUUCUGUGUUUGGGGUGAUAAUAUUGAACACAUCCCUUGUUUUCCAACUAAAACUUCCGAGAACAUCACAUGUAUAACGCGUUUUCGCCGACCAAGCCUUCGGUAUGCUUAAUUCCAUGCCGUAUUCGUCUCUGGCCUACUUACAAAGGUCCUGGGGUCAUUCCCUCCCCUGAGCCUCGGACGUUGGCUUCCGUGCCCUCGCCGCCUGUUCCAUUACCCAAGGAGCAACUCACUCCUGUCCUGAAACCAAUAUUGUACGGACAUGCAGGAGAGUGCUGUUUAGACCUGAAAAAAGUAUACGAUAUUCCUAUUCACUCACUCAGUGUUUCAUUUCCUAACCGUACGGCAGACUCGACACGGACAUCCUCUUUGCGAACAAAUUCGGUCUGCUCUCCAUCUGCGUGCUGACUGGAGCAACGACCGAAGAAGGACUGUCUGAAGCCCGCCGUGAUCGAGAUAACGAAAGCCUCUUGCCGGACCUUGUCUACCCUACGCUAGUGGAUCUUUGCACACAACUUAUGAAUAUGGACAAAAACCCCUUCUAG